AUGACGACCACGAUGACCAGUAUAUCGGAUAAAAUUGCAAGGGUAGCUGACCUGAGCAACUACACAGAUAUUACACCUGAAAAAAUUAAGAAGAUUUUUGACGAUAUUGGCAGCAGCCCAGAGAAGCUUCGCGCAGCCUUGAACCUGUGGUUUGUCCCUGAUUUCAAGCCAACUUUUACACACUCGAAGGACAAUGCUCUCAGCACGCUACAAGACAUUGAAUUUCUGGAGUCACCAGAUACGGAGCGACCUCAACGGCCAUUACGUAUGAUAGACAUUGAGACGGGCAACAUAGUCGAUGCGUGGAAUAUUUCACAUCUUGACUCAUACUGCAUCCUAUCUCAUCGUUGGAAGGGAGAUGAGAUCACUCUGGCUCAUAUUAUGCGUGCCAGAGAGAAGCACAUGGAGCGCAUAAGAGCCGGAUCUGGGGAAGUUAGAGCAGCUAUCCCCAAUAUCGAGACUCCAAUGGGUCGGAGCGAUGACAUCCAUUUGGUUCUUGAGCAGUGUAAGCGUGAUAUACUCGACCAAGAGCAAAUAAUUGAGACCAUAUUGAAGCAACAAUCAGAGAACUUGAGUGUGGAAGAACUUGUUAGGAGAAAGGUGGAAGCCAACGAAAUGAAAUGGAAGAUGAACUCGGCUCGUCAGGCACGAGAUUCCAAAAAGUCAUUGGUCGAUCUGAGUAAGAUCGAGAAGAAGAUGUUUGACACAAUAAUCCACCGCGCUGGAAAAAUUAUCGACAGCAAUACAGAAGAUUUACAAAACGCAGAUAUUGCAGAAGGGAUUGCCAAGGAAGCAUACGCUCAAGCAGAGAAAGAACUCGAAGAUUUGCUUAAAAUGCAAGACAGUGUUGGGGAAUACACUCAAAUCUUUCAAAAGAGCAACCGUCUCGGUGAUGAAGUGGACGAAUUGAUUCGUCGCCUACAAAGGUGGAAGUCAGCUAUCAAGUUGGAUAGCUCGAUAAAAGAAGCCCGAAGAAUAUUCCAAACAAACCACUUUCAGAGCCAUGGGGCACGGUAUAUCUGGUCUGACACAUGCUGCAUCGACAAGAAGAAUUACGGAGAAUUAUCCCAGUCCUUGUCGCUAAUGGGAGACUGGUAUUCAAAUGCCGAGUUUUGCCUUGUUCAUUUGGAUACAAAUUGGCGAGAAGCCGACGCCAUUGCUGAUUGGCUUAAAUUUGGACGGGAUGUGAAGAAUAAUGAAGUCAUGCCGAAUACCGCUACGACCUCGAAUAUUCGAAGUUUCCCAGAGAUAAAAUCCACAAUCGAAUGGGCAAGUCGGGCUUGGACACUUCAGGAAUUAGUCAUGAGCAAAAUGACUUUUUUUGUCAACUCAGAAUGGAAGCCUCUUAGUCGACCCAUUGAAAAUCUUGGCGAUAUUUAUCCUCUGAUUCCAUUCAUUGAACUUCAUACUCGGGGAAUAACAUCGAACAUCUACGCAAACGCGCCAGAAGACCCCAAUCACACAAAGCUUUCUCGUUGGAAAAUGGAAGAUUUUAACACCCUCAUUCCAUAUUUACGGGAAACCGACAUUGAACUUGUUAAUAAGAGCAAAUGCAGCGGCCCUUGGGACACAGUUUACCAGAUCGAAGUAAAGCAGGUCAGAGAGUCGAUACAGCUCAUUGCUAUUCUCAAUGCUCUAGGGUUUCGCUUCCCAGCCAAUAUGUCAGUGGAGACUGCUACAUCGGAGAUAUCGCGCGCUGUCUACCUCGCCGCCUCGGAUUUAGAUGGAAGCAAGCGAUAUGGAUUAGACGAAAAUGGAAUACAUCUUUUGGCAAAGCUCAAAGCAAACCACCUACCUAAGCCAUCUAUAGAAGCAAGUUCUAUUGGCAUAGAUGGAACUGAAGAAGUCAUCAAAUUUCUCUUGCUCUGUCUUGUGGCGAAAGUGGGAGGUCUCAUUGUCUCUGAUAGACGCUUUAUUGCCGAGUUUGGUGGUGUCGGACCACUCAAAACGUGGAAAAGCGGAAUCGCUCGCAGUGGAUUUCCUGCCCAGCUAGUCCUACAGCUGUCGUGCAGUAGAGUCGCCACUGUUCCAGUUGACCAUGUCUAUUCUCUCAUGGGUAUUCUCGGCGUGCGAUUUCCAUCAUUCCAUGCUGAAGGUUACGCAAAAGCUCUUGCCCGCCUUCUGGACGAGGUUAUCACCACCCAUAAUGAUGUUUCUGUGUUCAAUUGGGCAGGAGCAGAGAUGGGAAGCCCUGUUCGUGGCCGUUCCAUGUAUCCCGCGUCCCACAAGGCAUACGGGACUGAUGAAGAUCGCGGUCGACGAUACAAUAUGAUGAUCUCUGCAAAGGUGAGACAGGACCGGAAACAAACUAUGGUAACUUAUCACGGUAUUAUCCAAAUGCUCCGCGAUGCAAUCGACUGUGUGAAAGACAAAAAACGCGAGAGUAUACCCUUGCAUUGGGUCCGGGAAGUAACGUCAUUCAUAAGCAACUCUACCUUCGAGAAUCUCCAGCCGCAGCUAGGGAAUAUUGGCAAAAUUCUUCUCUACAUCAAAAAAAACUGCGCGCAGCUUAAGAAGUCGGCCUCCGACCAUAGUGCUCCGCCUGAUGACUGGAAGGAUGCCAAAGGCGCUGACAAAAAGUCUUCGUGGUCGCUCGAUUUAACCCCGUCACUUCCAAAUCUGAAGUCCUCCUCUGGGAAGGUCACCUCAAAUCUCCCAGGAUUUGGGCUAGGCAAAAAUAUCAAAUCAUCAUUAGGCAGACUCUCUUCAAAUCAUUCGGAGAAAGCUUCAGCGCAGGAAGCAACAUCCAAACCUCUCACUGCGCCGUCAGCGCCGGCGGAGCCUGAGUGGAAACGGCUUGAUUCAGGUGUGACUGAGUAUCUGAAGGCUAUUUAUGAUGCCGACAAGUCUCAAGAUGAAAAGGAAUCUAUUUUACCACAGAAAGUAAAAGAGAUCACCUUUAAAGUCGUUGAACCUGAAGGAGUGCUGGGCCAAGCUGGAGACGGCGAAGAAAGGAUAACGGCAGAAAACCUAACGUGUCCAAAUCCGAUUAUAGUAAACAGCUCCGGAAUUGAAGGUAUAUUCGACAUACAACGAAUUGUUGUGACAAUGAUUGACAGAGAGAAACUGGUGCGACAAGUGGCAAAGGCAGCAAGUCCGAAACAAAAAAUCUCUGGAUGGUGCACCAUCAGCACCGGAUUUGCGAAUGUAGCUGUGCAUUUUGCAUGUGAGCAGCGGAUUCUGCGAACGCAGCUAGAUGUGGAAAAGGCGACUGAAGACAAGAUCAUAAAAGAAGAUACCAGAGCCAAAAAGCUUCAUGGAAGCAUUGAACUUCAAAGUAUGGACAAAGUUGUAGAAGAUGGAAUGAACUUGGUGGCAAAAACUACUAUUGGUGAAAGUAGCCGAGACAGCCAGGCAGAGGAACAGAACACGACGGACUACAUACGCGCCACCAAGGAGGAAAAAACAGUAGUCAGGAUGCUUGACUAUAUUCAAGAGCCACAGCUGCAGCUUGUUGCUGGAGAGUGGGUACUGGCACGAUUCUCUGGAGUUCCUGGUGCAAAAUGGUUUCUCUGUUUCCUCGAAUUAGGCUCUACGCACCAAUUCUAUGGCCAACGCAUAGCCGCUACCGAAAUCGAUUUUACCAAUUCUGCAGUAGAACCGGGACUCAUGAGUGCUUGGCAGAUAUAUAUGGACCGAAAGAAGAGGAAAAUGUGCAAGAUCUUGGAGACAUACAUCAAGAGCUCUGAGAAUGCCAAGCAAAGUGAAGAGAAACUGUCCAAAGCUGCAAAUCUGGCAAAUGACAGCUAUGGAAAGAUCACCGAUGCGGGACUUCAGAGACUUGAGACAGCCAAGAGCUUUUCUUCUAUGUCACCUCUCACGAUGAGGUUCCCAUUCUCGACAAGCAAUGAGGCAGUUAACGAUUCAAAAGGUAGCGGAUCUGACGCCGAGGCUGAAGAAGACAAUUUCUUAGACGACCUCCUCGAGCAUGCAAAAGAGGCGGCAAUAUCACUUGGCCAUUACACUGUUUUGGCAGCUUAUGAGAAGUUCUUUGAGAUGCAAGCUCAGCAUAUGGACAAGUAUCUUGCAGUUUCAGUCCUUAAGAAGACUCCGAAGAUCCUCCAGAGUGCUGUCGAGAAUCUUGAUGAGAACAAAGGAUUCCUUCCAGCCAUGUUCCAUUCUGGAAAGAGAGUACACAUGUUUUGA